UGGUUAAGAGUACGUAAUCUUUAGUCCAUAUUCCUUCUUCAGUCCCUUCGUGUAGAGUAGACCAUAGCAAACCCACCAAUAUCUCUCAUUGCCCUUCAGUUAUGGUUCUACUUCUCCACUCUCCUCUCUCACCCCCUUCCGGCCCAUCACUUUUUAGGCUGCAAACAACCCUUUAUCAACACACCCAUUACUCGUACCGGGUCCGAACCCGGACCCGAUCCAUCCGCGUAUCUGUCGCCGGAACUCCAGUUACUGAUCGGAAGGAAGAACAUGUAGUCAUUGUUGGGGCCGGAAUCGCUGGCCUCGCCACUGCUGUUUCGCUUCACAGGCUAGGAGUUAAGUCGGUGCUGCUGGAGCAGGGGGAGUCGCUGAGGACGGGCGGAACUUCACUCACACUGUUUAAGAAUGGUUGGCGGGUAUUGGAUGCAAUAGGGGUUGGGAACGAUCUUAGGACCCAAUUUCUUGAAAUUCAAGGGAUGCUGGUAAAAUCACAAGAUGGAAGGGAGUUGCGCUCAUUCAGGUUCAAGGAUGAAGAUGAAAGCCAAGAGGUUCGCGCUGUGGAGAGGAGGAUACUUCUGGAGACUCUUGCCGAUCAACUGCCACCAGAUUCAAUCAGUUUUGGCUCCAAAUUGAGAAAAAUUGAAAGAAGUGAAUCAGGUGGAACUUUGUUGGAACUCACAGAUGGGUCAAGCAUAUCUGCAAAGAUAGUAAUUGGCUGUGAUGGGAUACGCUCUCCAGUCGCUAAGUGGAUGGGCUUCUCAGAGCCCAGGUACGUAGGUCAUUGUGCUUUUCGUGGUCUUGGAUUCUACCCUAGUGGACAGCCAUUUGAACCGAAAGUAAACUACAUCUACGGAAGAGGAUUGCGUGCUGGAUUUGUUCCAGUUUCUGCAACUAAAGUUUACUGGUUCAUCUGCUUUAACAGCUCGACACCAGGUCCAAAGAUAACUGAUCCGUCAGUGUUAAAGAAGCAAGCUACAGAAGCAGUACAAAACUGGCCCUCAGAGCUCUUGAACAUAAUAAAUCUCACCCCAGAUGACACAAUCAUUAGAACCCCAUUGGUAGACAGGUGGCUCUGGCCUACCAUAAGCCCUCCUGCUUCUUCCGGUAAAAUCGUGCUGGUUGGUGACGCAUGGCAUCCAAUGACUCCGAAUCUCGGUCAAGGCGCUUGCUGUGCGCUGGAAGAUGCAGUAGUUCUGGCAAGGAAACUGGCUAGUGCGAUCAAGACUGGUUCUACUUCCGUUGAAGACGCUCUAAGAUCUUACAGUAAUGAAAGAUGGCCCCGUAUCUUUCCGUUGACGGUACGUGCAAAUCUCGUGGGAUCACUUCUGCAGUGGGAUAAUCCGGCAGUCUGUUCUGUUCGAAAUAAUGUUAUCAUACCCAAGGUUACGCUCGGACCUAUGUUGGAGCAUACUAACUUUGAUUGUGAACCUCUAUAGUAUGGCUGGAAAUUCAGGUCUCGACACAAUUUCAGGCUAACGUCUGAUACCCAAUAUAUUGUAAAGUUGUUUCUACAAUUUUUUGUAAAAAUGCUUUUGACUGUUACAAGUAAACUCCAAAACAGCUUUUCUGUUUGGAUUUUAAUUCGAUAAAUUUAGCACGAGAUACGUAUGAAAAUUAAAUAAC